AUGGGCUAUCCCGCGUCCCCUGUCGUGGAGUGGCCGAUGCCCCUUGCCAUUACUGAGUUUUCGUUUUCGGAAGACAAGCUCCUCCUCUCGGCGUACUGGGCCAAUAACUAUGAAAGUACGACAGAGGAUGGGAUCAAUGAUGCACUCUGUUAUCUUUAUGCAAAAGCGAGAGAAAAGGCGCCCGGCAAAUUUCCCAAACCAGAGAGGUACAACUUGUACAGUAAAGCGCUUCUUCUGCGCCUAGAUACACUCAUUAAUUCUCCUUUAUAUGCACCCUUAGUUUCCCUUAUCUCCAGAGAGCUUACACUACAAGAGGAGAGAGAUGCCAUACUUAAGGAUCCGGAGAGCAUACUUCUCAAGGAUCGGUCCUUGCUGGCCUUUCCUCCCCAGACAGACACUCAGGAGAAACUGAUCUUCCAACGAGAAACCUCAAACUACGGAAAAGAGAAGCUAAUUGUUCAGUUUCCUCUGCAUGUGCCACCAGAGGAACUAAAGGCAAGCUCCCCUGUUCUAUCUCAUAUCUCAGACUCCCUACUCUACACAAACUUGAAAGGCCAGAAGUUUAUUUCCUUUGUUACUCGAAGAUGCGCUCUUACCAGGCAGUCCAAUCUCAUGUCACGGCUUUACGCACAAAAGACACGUGACCUUCCCCCCGCCAUCUAUGGAGAGUCUCAGGGCUGCUUUGCGACUAUUGAAGAGGAUGCUGCCAUAGAGCUAGUGGACAGAAGCUUCCCCCAUAUGGCCUCCUGCGAAACACACAGAUCUCAUCCUCACUUAUAUCCCGAUGGCUUUGCACGCUUUCUUCUCUUUUGCCGCCACCCCACUGUUAUAAGUGAGCAGCGACUGAUAUCAUCUGCCAUUUCUCUGGCUGAAACAUAUGCAACUGAAAUAACCAACGAAUUCAAUAUGCUGAUCGACAUACGUAGGGAGGAAAGGCUUAACUGUCUCAAAAGCUGGAAGGCAUACGCAGAGAAGCGACUCUGUGAUGAGGUGACCGCGAGCUUCAUAGAAGCAGUGAAGGAGGUGCAGUUGAAAUAUGAGGGGCUGCUGAAAAAUGGAGCCAAGCAGAUUGAUAGUGUGUAUGUGGAUCACCAAGUGGAUGCUUUGCAGUACUAUGAUGCGCUCGAAACAGAGUACAGGGACCACCUUCAGGCGUUCUUUGCGCUAACUCAGGAGACAGCGGGAACGAGUCGCAGACUGGCAGAUCUAAAGAUGCUAGAGGAAAUGAUCUUUAAGCCUAUAGCUCAGCUACCGCAACUGCUCAUAAUGGCCAUUUCUCUGGAGUCGGACACAUUCAUAGAUGCUGUCACGGUCCUAAUUGCACGCCAUAUUGUCUCACCAGAGAUAUAUACAUCACCAGCACUGACCAGUUGCAAGCUUGUAUCAGAAGAUAUCUAUCGAGAGAUUCUUCGACGCGUCUCUACAAAGGACUUGGGUCUUCUUUUCAUGCAUAUCAGGGCGUACGGGUGCAUUCUUAUGAAGGACUGUGCAAAUAAAGAGCUUAUUAACCUAGGCUUUUCUGCGGCCAUAAGACAAUCCCGUGCGCCCUUCACAGGAGAUGAGGAGAGCACAGGACAGUCAGGAUUAGAUGGAGAUAAGUACAAUCUCGUGUUGCAAGACAAGCAAGGAGUCACGUUACAGAUCAAUCUAUUAACAGGGGAAAAUCAGGAGUUAAAGGAGCAACUAUUUCCAUUAAUUGAUAGUAGUUCUGUUCACAUUGAUGACGAAACCCUAAAGGACCUGGAGCAUGUCGUCAUUCCAUCUGUCCAGGAGUUCUCCUCGUUCCAUCAGCUUAAUACUACCAACAAUCCCAAUAAUGAGCUAUCAGAGACAAGCGCUACAAUAUAUAGUGCCCCCAAUCCUUUCUCCCACCCAUCAGAGGAGGCCCAGGAGCAUCCCUGUGAUCAUCCUCGAGACCCCUGUGGGACCAAGCAAUGCCCUAAACGUACACGAGUAGAGAUAGUGCCGUUUGAAUACCUUAUAGAGGAGAUGCGUAGUAGAAGAGCUGCCAUGCGUGAAAUGUACAAACAGUGGAGUGAGGAUGCAAUCAAAAUGGCUCUUACCUCAGGGACGGAACCGUUCCAAGAUCUUCUCACAGAGGUGCUUGAGAGCCGGAAGCUAGUGAAACAAUAUCAGAUCCUGGAUGGAACCGUCUGCAUGCUUAAGCAUAUGGACCUCUAUGAUCUUGAUGUGAGCGGGCUCCAUAUUGAACUAAAGACUCCUAGGCACUAUGUCACGAUCAAAUGUAAUAAGUACAUCUUAUCAUCUUCCAAAUUCGCUAAGGUGUACUUCGAGUUUAUCCUCAAGAACCUCCCCAGUGCUACAAAUCUAGCAUUGGGGGUAAUGUAUGAAGAGCAGCUAUUCCACGGAUGCGACUCUCCGGCUAUCAAUGGAGCUUUUAUAACUACAGAUGGAUUUAUCUUUGAGCGUGGUCAAAGGAGAUUCAGUGGACUAUUCUUGGGAUCCAACGAUGUGGUAGGCGCCAUAGUGGAUAUGGCAACCGAGACAAUACGCUUUUACAAGAAUGGACAGUCCGUCUUAGAGCCAUUGUCCCUUAAUCCCCGUUCCAGCAAAUACCUAUCUUAUGAGAGCAACAGCACGCAAGGAAAGCAACCCUCGACUGCAACAAGUGGCGUAGAGAUUGAUUCAUUUCAUCUACUAGGUUCCAGAGCGAAAGAACCAUUAGACAUUAUCACAGAAACCACUACAGCUAUUCUAGACCUCUCACUGGCCUUCAACGCAGGCGAUAUCUUACGCAAGCAGCAACUCCAGCAAUCUAUCGACGAAAAGCUAAUGAAAAGAUUGGAUUCCAUAGCACGAUCUAAGCAUGUUUACAGGAUACGUCCGGCCAUCGUCUCCUACUGCGAUCUCAUAUCACAGAAGUCACGACCACAUAUAAAGAUGAACUUUUGCAAACCAUACAUGUACGACAAAAUUGCUAACUUUUCUAACACAGGCUACUUAUGA